GAGCGCGUGUCACACAUACUUCAUUUCUCUCAUCGCAAUAAACCAGUUCCCUCUUCUUGCUAGGGAAGAACAAUAAAAAUCAAAGGCAGAACAAAACCGAGCGAGUUGGUGUGACUGACUCGGUGAGCGAGCGAGCGAGUUACUCAUGGCGAACGCGGCGCUUCGGAACGUGAAGGUGCUCCCGAACUCGGCGAAUAUGGAGGAAGCGCGUCACCGAGUCUUCGAAUUCUUCAGAACGGCCUGCAGAUCGCUACCCUCCGUUAUGGAAAUCUACAACCUCUACGACGUCGUUUCCGUCUCCGAACUCCGCUCCUCCGUCGCCUCCCAGAUCCGCAACAACAUCCACGUCACCGAUCCCAAAGUGAUCGAUAUGCUGCUUUUCAAGGGGAUGGAAGAGCUGAAGAAUGUUGUGGACCAUUCAAAGCAGAGGCAUCAUAUUAUUGGUCAGUACGUAGUUGGUCGGCAAGUGCAGGAUUCAGCCACAAAAGACCCGGGCACCUCUACUUUUCUGAAGAAUUUCUACAACACCAAUUACUUCUGAAGUUUGGUCAUGAGCUGUGUUCUGUUUCCUCAAAUAAAGAAUUAUCUUAAAACGUUUUUUAUGUCAAUACUGGAUGAGAUACUUUUGGUUUCAGACCAAACUGCUGUAUUCAUUUUUCCUGGCUUAAUUUAAGAAAGUGGUGUUGCCGAUUCUUGUGCGCAUGUGCACACUGCUGAAAAUAUAGUGAGGCACGCAUCACUAUUUGACGUCAUUGCGAAUGAAUGCAUUGGCGUAGCAUGCUAGAGAAAUAAUAUUGUAUUUGUGUAACACCAAGAUUUUGGGCUAGGGUUAUGAACUUAUAAUCAAAAAUCUGAUUAUCAUUUUCAUGAUUGUAAGUUCAUUCCAUACCGGAGACAACCAAAAUAAGAUUAUAUACAUUUGAGCGUACAGAUUACAGAUAUUAUGUUUACAUAUA